CAUUAACGCAGCCGUCUGAAUGAACGCCGAACGCGGGUGGCUGCCGCGAGCCGUCCAUUGAUAACACGCAUCGCACGGGGGCGGCCGCCCCGAUCUCUCAAUGCGGCGUGACCCGCGCGACGCGACGCGCGUGCGAAACCUGUGUUCAUUUAACAGUAGAAAUAGUAAUAAUCUGUGAUCGCGUCAAUUAUCGUUAAGUGUGCGUGUGGCUGUGCGUAUGGUGGUGUGCCAAGUGCGGGGAUGCGCUCGUGCGAUGCUCUGUGCGAUCGCGAUGCGCCGGCCGGAGGACGAGGAGUUGGGGCGGGACGGCGACGAGUUUGUCGACAUCUCGCACAUGCAGCUGUUGGUGGAGGCCGGGCCGAGCGGGCUGCACUACGGGGGCCCUCCGCCGCCGCUCGCGCAGCCGCAGCCCUACGUGCAGUCGCCGGCGCCGCCCGCGUCCGCCGCCACUACCUCCGUCGACGAUCUGUUCGCUUUGUACUUCACGCCGGCUACUCACGGUACAUUAGCAGGCGACGAAUUAUCACUAGGAUGUUCACCGCGACGACACAAGCAUGAGUCGUCGUUGUCCCCGGGGGCGCGCGCGGAGGACGCCAGCAACGCGUCCAGCGCCAGCGCGUCCCUGUACGGGCCGCCGCUCGGUGCCAAGCGCGCCCCCUCGCCGCCGCUGCAGUGGCUGCUGCCCUCCGGGCCCGGCCCCGGCAGCGUCGACAAGUACUUCCAACAAGAGUACGAGGAGCGCGUGGAGCUGCUGCCCCCUGAGUGUCAGCCGGCCUAUUGCCAGCCGCAGGCGUGCCAGACGCAGCAUUGCGAGUACCGGCCGCCGCCGCAGCAGCCGCAGCAUUGGGAGACGCAGGAGUACGCGAGCGUACCGCAGCCGACCCCCGGCCCGUCCGGCCUGCCCAAGCGGGAGCCGUACCCGAGCCCGGCGAGCGAUAGACCGGUACAACUCGCCGAGUACAACCCGUCCACGAGUAAAGGUCACGAAAUUCUCUCGCAAGUGUACCAGCAGAGCGCGCAGCCUCUGCGUCUCGUGCCCGUUAAGCCGCGCAAAUAUCCCAACAGGCCGAGCAAAACGCCGGUUCACGAGCGGCCCUACGCGUGCCCCGUGGAAGGCUGCGACCGCAGAUUCUCGCGCUCGGACGAGCUGACUAGGCACAUAAGGAUACACACGGGCCAGAAGCCGUUCCAGUGUCGCAUAUGCAUGCGCUCCUUCAGCCGGUCUGAUCACCUGACGACGCACGUGCGGACGCACACGGGGGAGAAGCCGUUCGCGUGCGACGUGUGCGGCAGGAAGUUCGCCCGGUCGGACGAGAAGAAGAGGCACGCCAAGGUGCACCUGAAGCAGCGGCUGAAGCGCGAGCGCGGCGGCGGGUCGGCGCACGAGCCACACCACGCGUCCCUCUAGCACAGACUGAUCGCCACGACGGCCACCGCGACCGCGCCGACUGCGUCGCCAGCCGUCUACAGUGGCGAUGCGAGCACUGCGCCGGCGCCCCUGGAGCCCUCGGCGAGCCUGGAGCCUCUCGCGGGCCCGCAGCCCCACGCGGGCCUCGCGCCCGACGCGCCCCCGCCGCCUCCCGCGCCCCUAAACUGAACUAUAACUAUUUUCACGUUGAAGUUAUCAAAUAAUUUCAUCGCUUAGGUGUAAAUCGUCUUUAACGAAGCUUUAUUAACUCUACAUUUGUAAAUUCAUUGAAAUUUAUAUAUCUUUUUAUACAUAUUUGUAAUUAUUGCGAUAGGUAAUGAUCAACUCGAUGUAUUUAUUUUUGAUUAGAUAGGAUAAUUGAAUGAAAUAGACUGGGAACAAAUAGAUUCGGAGAGGAAUGGCCUAAAAUAAUGUAUGUGUGUUGCACUGGUUUGAUAGUGUUGAGAGUUGCGGUGCAGUGCAAACACGUCAUAUCUUUCAGUAAAUUCUGUAGAUAAUAAAUUUAUACGAGACCGUUCGGUCAUCUUAUGCAUCGAAAGGUGAUUGAUCAUUGGUGAUACGUAAUGAGCCUACGGUAGUAUACGACUUUGGUCAUCAAAUGUUUGCCGUCUCCUUUCAUUACUAGCUUACGAUUUAUUGGUGUUGUUCCGUUAAGUGUUUUAUCAUCGGCAAACAUUUUAUAACCAGACACUACCAUACCGCGUUAUCAUUAGUAGUUGUAAUUGUAAAUUUUUAUAUUGUUCUUGUACUUGAAACUAACGUGAAACAGUGCCAUUCAUUAACUUUACCACGUGCCACGGCAGAUUAUUUAAUACUAAGUGUAACAUGACUGUUGAUUAAGUGAUAAUUUUAUAUAAUGUAAUUCAUUUGGAAUUUCUAGUCGUAGUUAUGGGUGUUUGAGUAUCCAACUGCGGUUCGUUCUCGUGUUGCUCCUCUCGUUGACUUCUUUCGAAUUUACUAUUUCUCCUUCAUAAGCUUUAGAUGAAAACCUUGACGUUUGACGAUGUCUGUGUCGAACUUCCCUUGCUCAAGAUUUAUUUAACAAAAUUUGCUCAACUUUCUUUUAGAUAUAACUCUUAUCUAAUUUUCAUUUUCAAUUUUCCCACGCAGCAGUUAUUUCCACCUUCGUUGAUUUCCAGUGGCAUGUAUAAUUAAAUUUGUGUAAUUAGACUAAUCUAGCAAAGGUAAUAGAAGUAGGAUUUAAAUUAUGAUCUCUUAAUCAUUAUUAAUUAUUUACAUAGAAAAGGCCCCUAUUUAUAAUACUCAUAAGUUUCUUUAUACGUAGAUAUAAAUAUUUGUUUAGUGGGACGGUCGUUCGUAUGAACACAACGGCUGUCGUCGUUUCGCUAUUCGUGUAGCUAAAUAUCACACAAACAAACUUCUUUCUACACAGAUGUUGAACGAGCACAAAAUAAUUGCCUUUCUAAUGGUUGUUUACUAGUGUCUAUAAAUUGUACGUAUUUUUCUUUCGUGUCGUUAUUAAUUAUUACGCUUGAAUAAAAUGAUAACGUUAUCACACCGAACAAGCAAAAUCAAACAAAACAGGGUGGGCCUUUUUGGAGUUUGAUCGUUAUGAAUUUAGAAUAUCUGACAAUAAUAUUACUAACUUUCAACUAAAUGCUAUAGAUAAUCGAGAACGGCGUUCAUGAAAUUUUUUUGUAAAUUCUGAUGUAAACAGUACUGGCGCCGUUUUGCCCCCGCUGAAUCAAUAGAGAAUCAUUCGCGAAUGUCGUUCACGUACAUCACGAGUACGCCCAUUUGUUAUGCUUCUGUUAAAUAGUGUGGCUCUUAAAGUUUAUACUGUU